AUGAGCUUCAAGCGACGCGCUGGAUCGGCAUCCGCAGCAGGCGUUGGUACUCGCCCUUGUAAAGGCGGAAGCAGCCCUGGCAACCAUGCACGCGAUCUGCUGCAUCGCGCGUCCUUUGGCCUCUUUUCCUCGCCUGCAACCGCGCCUGGCAGCAGCAGCAGCGCCGCUGCUGGAUCAGCAGAAGAUAGCCGGGUGGGCGCGGCAAGGGGAGGAAAUCGCGCUUCGUCUGUCUUUAGCUCGUUGCAUCGCUCUAUUGCGCCCCGCAACCGCGCCGCCGCCGGAGAUGGCGGCGAGGACAGCCGGUUCGACGAGAACUUUUUGAAUGGGCUGCAGAACACUGAUGGCCAUGGAGGAGGGGAACAAGCAAAGCCUUUCAUUCCACCCAUGAUCCCGUCCGUCAAGAGUGAUCCGUACUCGACGCCUAUUCCAACACUGCCGUUCGUCGUUCUGUGCCUGACCAUCUUUGGCGAAUUCUCCUCUGCCGGUGUUGCUGGUCCGUUCCUCUUCUUCAUGAUCGAAGACUUCAACGUCGGCGUCGAGGCUGAGGUGGGGUUCUGGGCGGGCAUUGUCGCGUCCGCAUUUUUCUUUGCGCAGUUCCUUACCAGCAUGCUAUGGGCGAGCGUAGCCGAGAAGCAUGGCCGGCGCUCCGUCUUGCUCGUCUCGCUCGUCGGCAACGCGACCAGCCUGGUCCUCUUUGGUAUGGCCACCAACUUACCCACCGCGCUCAGCGUCCGCCUUGCGCAGGGACUAUUCAACGGCGCCGUCGGUGUCGCCAAGGGCGCAGUCAGAGAUUUGACGGACGAGACGAACGAGGGCAGGGCAUACGCUAUCAUGGGCUUCUGCUGGGGCAUGGGCGGUAUCAUCGGACCUAUUCUCGGCGGCCUGCUCGAGCAUCCCGUGCAAAAGUACCCAGCGAUCUUUGGCAACUCGUACUACUUCUCCACGUACCCAUACCUGCUCCCCUGCAUCGUAGCAGCCAGCUUCAUGACCCUCGGCGCCUUUCUCGCGCUGUUCAUCGGCCCAGACGGCGGGCCACGCACUGGCGCGAUCUCCCUCCCCGAAAAGAUCGACAUCGAGCGCGCAUCGUACACCAUCGCCAGCAACGCCGGCAGCCUCGGCAGGUCCGCAUCAAAGCGAAUCAGCGGUUACUUCUCUAAGCAGGACACGGAUGAGGCUGCUGCUGGUGCCGCUGUCGCUGAGUCAACAGCUGUCGGCAGCACUGGUGUAGGCAUGUCGCAUACGUCAGCCGCUGGCACCAGCUCAACCAGGCAACAUAUCCUCUCUUCACCCUUGUUCCCGCGCACCUUCACGCAGCAAGUCGACUACGAGACAGGCGGUCCUCCAUCCCCAGUUGAGAGCGACGUCCUCGUCGAUGCCCGCGGCUCCUCUCAGCUGCUGCGACGACCCCGAGACGUAUCAGGCUCUCGGCCUUUCUCUCGAACUGACUUCCGCAGACAGGGGAUCCUCUCCCCAGGGUCUGCUUACGGAUAUGACCAACGGCGCAUUUCUCGCGCGAGCGGCAGUGGCGGCGGUGCUAAUGUCUCCUUCGGUGAUGCAGGCCUCGCGGGUGGGGUCGGUGCGCAUGGCGGAGCCGGCGGCAGGCCUCAUUCGCAAUGGGCCGGCAGUGUGUCGGGCAUCUCUGCGAAUCUGUACGCACCUGACUUUGAGGAGCUCGGUGCCACACCAUCAAAGCCCGAGCUCAACUUUGCGCAGCGCUUCCUGCUCGCCAACGACGAUGCCGUCUUGUCCAUUACCGAUCUCUGGGUUGCAGCGGCGAUCAAUGGCGAUGACACGUACAGCGCGAUAGACGAGGACGUCUUCCUGGACGAUGAAGAUGAAGAGGACGUAGAGGAAGACGCUUCGGAGAUGAUCGGAGACGAAACGGAGGACUCCACCGGCGGUGCUCGGUUCGGAUAUGCAGACAUAGCAUCAAACGCGGCGGAGGACUCUCCACUACUUGCGCCGCGGCAUCUUCUACCGCUCAACUUUGCGCAACGCAAGUCAUCUCGCGGCGCUUACUCGGAUGCAACGGGCAACAGUGGUGGCCCGGCGCGUGCCCGCUUUGCCCGACGUUCGUCAAGUGGCACGCGAGUACCCAGUCUGUACGCCAACUCCGGGCUGGAGCGCCCCAUAUCCCCCAUGGCUUUGCUGUCGCCGUCGAUGCAAGGAGCUCCGACGCUGCGUGCGGAUGCGAGGGCGCCUGCUUUUGAGACGUCCUUGGCUGGCAUUCCAGAGUCCAAGAGUGCCAGUAUGCACGCGGCCGUACCUUCUGCCGCGCAAGCGCAACCUGCUGCGCCGUCUUCGGCUUCCAUUUUCGGACUGCUCCCGCUGGUCAUUAUUGCGCACUACGGCAUCAUGAGUUGGCAUUCAUCGACCUUUGAGCAAGUCUUCAUGGCUUUCCUCGUCACUCCGUACUCCUCGGGAGGACUCGGCCUGACAGCUGCGCAUUACGCCGAGCUGAUUGCAGCCAUGGCGUUCUGUCAGAUGUUCUUCCAGUUUGUCUUUUACCCAAAGGUCGGCCCGCCCGCUGGCAGAUUCUCGCAUCUUGCCAUGCUCAGGAUCGGCCUCGCGAUCUACUUACCUUGCUACAUCCUCUUCCCCUUCCUUCGCAAAUUCUUGCACCCCUCCACCGACCUGACAGUCAUGUCGGGCAUGAUUCUCUUCGCCGCCAUCCGUUGGCUGGCAAACGUCACUGCCUUCACAGCCAUUACUGUCCUGAUGAACGCCAUGACGCCGCCGCACCUCGUGCCGCUAGCCAACGGUUUGGCUCAGACCACAAGCUCAGCAGCACGGUUCAUUGGCCCCAUUUGCGGGGGCAUGGUUUGGGCCAAGUCGAUUGAGGGUGGCGUUGAAGCGCACUUGUGGCCGUUCAACUAUCACCUCGGCUUCUGGACAGUUGGCAUCAUUGCUUUUGCUGGCUUCUUGCACUCGUGGACGAUCAGAUAA